AUGGGUCUGGGAAUCAACAAAAAGCCUCGCAAGGUGCCAGAUUUGUCGCGAUACGAUUACCACUAUCAAACAAAGAACGAAAAUGAUACCGGGUCCAGACUCUCCGCUGCUGCUGCUGCUGCUUCCACUGGCCGGAGUCAGUCAUUAGUCCACUCCAGGAAACCAGUUCAUGCACGACCAGAAACGGCAGGCUAUCGCAGUCAUAGCCUGCGUCACAAUGGGAACAGCGAGCGGGUAGGAUCGCUCACCAGAGCUGGGAAACGGCCUGCAUCAGCAGCAGCCCCGGCAAAAGCAUCGUCCCGGAGCAAUUCUAUGGUGACGGUGCACACUACAGAAGUACGGGACCUCAGUGGGAGAACCCACUCAAUUACCAAGAAAACGGUCCGGCGCGUCAAUGGCUACGAAUACGUAGAAACAACUACGACCACAACAAACUCGGCUGUGCCUCAGGAUUCGGAGAGACAAUUCAACGAAUUCACUACAGACCUGUCACGUGAUGUGGAUUCCAACUAUGACCAGCAGCACCAGUAUCUCAGCGAACUGGACAGGUUCGGUGCAGGUUCCGGAGUUUCUGAUACGCUCAGAGAAGAAGACAAUGAGGAUGACGACGAGGACAACAAUAAUAUCGAUAUCGACGAUGCCGAUUUCAGUGACGCCGUUGAUUACUUGCCACAACGCAAGUUGGUGGAACACCGCCCUAAAGCGGUGGCACCUCGUAAGGUCAAAAGACAAGAAAAGCCCAAAAAGGCGCUCACGGAGCAGGAGAUUUAUGCAAAGGCCUUGGAAGCUGCACGCAAGAAAGUCUACGGUGAAAAUGAGCCCGAAAAGAAAAAUGAGGUUUCCGCAAGUAGGCCACAGCCUGCUGUCAACAGGAUGAGCUCUUUGCGCGAAAAUCCGGUGGGUGCGGUGCCUCAGGAAAGAGUCAAGCGUCGGAGUUUCUCGCUGAAAAUGUUGGCUCAAAAGCAAGGUCGACCGGAAAGCGAAGCCGUCCUUGACCCCAAUCCAUCGGUUGGGGAAAAAAAGACGCAAAGGGGUCAACCACCAACCAAUGCCCGUAUCUCAACAAGAGCACCUCCAAUGACUAACGAGGAAAUACAUGCCAAAGCUGUGGAACUUGCUCGCGCAAGGUACGCGGCCGGCGAAAACCUUCCGUCUACAGAGAUCCACGUUGCUGAAGGGUCUUAUGCGGAAAAUACCCGUCAAGAAGGUCAAAAAGCUGAGGAUCCACCUUCGAAACCUGCUGGCUCUGGUUCAAAGGUCAAGAAUUUCUUCAGCAAGGUGGCUCAAUUCAGCCAGGAAAACUAUGGUUAUCAAAAUAAAAACGGGAAACAAUUUGUGGCUGAAACUAGAUCAGAUUCUGGUAAGGAGGCAUUCAAGCUGGAUAAUGAAGACAGGCUAUCAGGAACCAGCGAUUCAAGUUUCAAGAGACAAGAGCUUCCACAUGAAGAUCGGUUUCAUGACAAGGUCAACAAUUUUUUGGAGCCAGAAAUCGAACCCUCUGCAAAAAUUGGGGCCACUGAUGGAGCGCAAGAUAGUGGGGCAAUUGAAGACGGUGGAACGCGGGUGCAGGGUCCUAUAAUUGCUGUCACAGCGGAGCCUUUGGAAACGGACGCGCCAGACGUUGUUUUGCCUGUCCAACCUCAAAGUACGUCUGUCAGAGUAUUAGAAAGGGAGCCGCAAGAACCUGCGGCUGUGCCAGUCACAGCUCUAGAUGGUCCGCCAGCCCCCACUGACGUCCCAACGGCUAGUCCAGAGCAGAUGGAUUCGAUGCCUGUUCAGCGUAUGUCUAGUGACAUCGUUUCCGGUGAAGAGCUCGUCGCGCCAGCUAUUCACGAGCCGCAGCCGAGAGCGUCAACGCUCGCGUCGUCAGUAUCCAGUUCUCAGGCCAAUUUCUCCAGACAGAGCGUAAGGGGAUCAUUAGCAGGCAAGAAACAAGAAUUACAACAACCUAAGUUGGCCGGUGGGAGCAUCAACGAAGUGCCAGAGGUGGCUAAUCGGCCGAAACCUACGGAAAAGAGCUCUCAAAAGUCUACUAAGAAACCUAAUUUUCUUCAAAAACUGUUCAAGCGAUCCAGCCGGAAAACGAAACAAAACUAA